ACACGGUUAGUUCAACAAUGAUUGAUACCUACUUCUUAGUGUCUCACACUUUUUAAUUGCUGUAACAAAUGGAUCGUGACUUAGAUUACGCGAUUAAACAUUUAGCAAGGAAUGGUGUUAUGAUUGACUUCCAUGAUAUGAAGCCGAUUGAGGAACGGCUGAUUGUGACUGAUUUGGGGAAGAAAAAUACGUUGCUACUCCCGAGAAAGACCGGCAAAUGGGAGACAGAAUUUAUCUUAGUUUGCACUAUGGGCCUCAAUGGAAGCAAAAACAUAAGAUUGUUGUACGUGCUCCUCAUUGGCGACACAUGCUCCUCAUAAACACUUUUACGUUCUCAAACGUGGUGAAGAAAAUGUACCCUAAAAAUGGAUAAAUGGCAGCAAAGACAAUUGAGAGUGAAUGCAGGAGACACACGAAUCAUGAGAAUCAAACAAAUGAUGGAGUUCACAUGCUCUAUAAUGGACAUAAUUUGACUACCCAAGUUAUUCAUCCGUCAGUUGCAUAUAGGACACUGAUUCUCGAGAGGUUAAAAGAUGUGCAUAGUGAGACAACAACCGAACAGCCACCACGGUGUGUUGUUGCGGGUCCACCAAAGGAGAGAAAUAAUCUAACAUCGACAACAUCAUCUCGAAGAUCAGAAUCCCAAAGGCGACGACGUGGGAUAGAAAAACAACACAAAGAGAUGAGAGAACAAGAGCAUCGUGAGAAAGGAGCACAAAUUGAAAGAGAAGCAGCUGCAGAACGACGACGAGCACCAAAGGGAAAGGGAAAAGCUAUUACUGAAGAGAAUCCUCCAUGCAAACGGAUGCGCCCGAGUGGUAUACAGAUUAGAGAAAGCGAGGCUGUACCACAUGAGCAUGAAGAUGCAGAGUCAUAUGAAGAGUCGGUUGUAUUACAUAGGAGAGUUGGUAGCACAUCAGACGCUCAAAACACUGAAAUGCCGUCUAUUAAUGUUAGAGAAGAUGAUGGGGUGUCGGAUACUUACGAAAUUGACGAAGUAGAUUACGACACUGACGAAUUACAUGAUUCAAAUACUUUUAUGAAUCAGGUAGCUGUUGUUGCUACCGAUGUACGUCAUUUUCUGGGACAAAUGGAUGUCAAAUGUCAGCACUGCGGGGCAUUGCACUGGAUGGCAGAAAAACAUACAAAUUCAUUUUAAUAAACCCAAAAUUUGGUUCAUGUUGUCU